ACCAGUAAUCCGAAAUCAGUGUUUGUGAAAGAUAACCAGUUGUUCGGUGAUAGAGUUUCUCUUGAGUUGUCAUUAGCAAGCGAUUGUUUAGCUAUUGUUAAAGGUAGGUGUCGCCAAGGCUUUAAAUCAAACAUACCUUCGCCCUUGGUCUCGCCAUGCGUACAGACCUCGCAUAACAACUACGAAUGAACUACUUAGAUAGAUCUUAUAUAUCAUCUGAUCUAUUCUAGUGUAGGACAGCCAUGGUUUUUCUCACGUUAUCAUGCUGGAUAAGAAGCCGUGGACCUGACAGAUAUUGGAAAGUCCAGGAAGUCCUUAAACAUGCUCGGCAUUUCAGAGGGAGAAAGAAUCGCUGCUACAAAUUGGCCGUGCGGGCAGUCAGAAGGGCUUUUGUCUACGCAACCAAAGCUAGAAAGAUCAAGAAACGCAACAUGAGAACGCUGUGGAUUUCACGGAUAGCAGCAGCCUCACGGGAGCAUGGGAUGAAGUAUCCUGCUCUUAUGCAUAACUUAGUGAAGAGCAGUGUGCAGCUCAACCGUCAUGUCAUCAGUGAUUUGGCCAUCACAGAGCCGCGGUCAUUCCUGUCACUGGCCAAACUGGCUCGAGCUCGACAACAGGAGGGUUUCCGUGCAGCACUGGGUGAUGGGAAAGAGCCUCCUGGUGUUCUGUCGCGUGUAGUUUUCUUACAUUAAAUAAAAUAAAAUAUUAUAACUAAUUUUGUUCUUUCAAUUACAGUAUUAUGCACUGCUAGGAGAGCAAAGCAUUGUAAAUUCUAUGCUCUUCUUGUAUCGUUACUUCUGGAAAGAAAAAACAACAUGCUCAUGUAUAACAUUAUAUUGCAGGAAUUGUGUGUAUGUAUUUUUUCAUCUAGUGUUUCUUUCAUUAAACUUUUUGAUAUGUA